GUUGUUCCGUGUGCAAGGAACGGCAGGGAGCACAGGAGAACCGGACCGGCCGCCAGACCGGACUUCACGCGAGCUAGCGCGCCCCACACGUGGGAAGUGAUCCGGACGCCACAGCGUGUAACCGCACGGUCGGGGCUUGCGCCAAUAUGAAGGGCUGGUUCGACGCGUUCCGCACGGAUGGAGGACCGACUCUGUACCACCACAGCAACCGGACGGCCGUCACCGGCGACGUCUCCACCAUCAUCAUCUCCAUCGUGUUCGUCACGGUGCUGAUUGCCUUUCUGCUUAUCUUCCCGGGCGUGCGCAGCCAGCGCUUCACUACGUUCGUCUGCGUCGUCCUCAGUCUUUUCACCGGUGUCGCCAUUACACUGGGCGCCACGGGAUCGGACUGGCAGAGCGGCACAGUGCAGAUCAAUACCUACUACCGCGCCUUCUCGGCCGACAGCCUCAGCGCCGACCUCGGGGUCCAUAUCGGCCUCAACCAUGUCAACGUCACUCUCAAAGCGCUACCCCUCAGCAAGCGGAGCGGCGACAUCGACUUUAACGAGCGGUUUCACUGGGCGAAGCCGCUGCAGAUGAGCGCCGAGUACCGCGCCGCCCUCGUCAAAGGUCUUCCGUACCCGAUCCUGACCGUGGCCGAGUACCUGAGCACCAACUCGGAGGGCUUCCUCUGGGGGCAAAAGCUGCGGGUGGCCGGAUACUACACCCACAUCAUCAUCUGGACGGCGUUCGCCUCCUGGCUACUGAUGAACCUGCUGCUAAUCAACGUGCCCCGCUACGGCGCCUACAUGAUGGUGAUCACGGGCGGUCUGAUGUGCUCUGCUUGCGGCCUCUACACCGCCCUCAAGCCGAGCCGGCCGCUGGCCAUCCGGUUCGAGGACGCCGUGCUGGACAUGUCGCUCGGCUGGCAGUUCUACCUGGUGCUGCUGGCAGGGGUCAUUUGCAUGCUGGUGGGAUUGUCGGCGGCACUGGUUGACCUGGUGUACCCGCACACCUUCUCAACCAUUCUCGAGGUCGAUUUCGGCACGCCGUAUGACCGGCACAUUCUCAUCGUCGAGUCGGAUGAGUCCCGCAAACGGCGCACGAUCAAGAUCCCCAAGCUGGAGGAGCCCAUAACCGCUGGAAUCGAGGCCACGACGAAAUUGAUCCGACGUCUUUCAAAGCGGGGCAAGGAUGGAAGCAGCACCGACCCUCGCGGAGGCGUCGACAAUGUCGCCUUCGAGAUGGACCCUCCGAAAACCCCAUUGCACGCCAAGCUCAGCAAACGUAACGACUCGAAGAAGUCCAACAAGUCAUUCAGCUUCAAGCGUAACGCCCAUCACCUGGAGGUGCCGCAGGCCAGCUUCGACAUGCCGGGAGCGACCGCCAAAAACCCUUUGGAGCGCACCGACUCCAAGGCGUCAAACGCCUCGUCCAUGUCGACGAGCUCUUACCCGCGUACGUCACUGCCGGACGGCGAGCACCCGACAUUUCAAGAGCAGUUUAAGCGGAUUCGGCACCCGGAGACGCGGCGUGACUCGGCGCAGUCGAGCACGUCCAGCGUGUCGUCGGGCUGCGGUGCGUCGGGCCUGUCGCGCGCCGGCUCGUCACGUGGCAGCAGUCACCUGCUCGCCGUGCCAGUCGAGAGCUGCCCGUCGGGUGGCAGCUCGCUGCACCCGCCGCUCGAGAAGCGAGACUCGCGCACCUCCAACAUCAUCGUCUUCCACACACAGGACGCGCGCGGCCAGCUGACCAGACGCCAAUCCACCGACCCGGUUCCCAUGGAGCCGUAGAGGACGUCACACCGACGCCCCGUCCGCCCAGUCUUCAGGAGGCAUUACGUACCAGCGUAGAAAAUAGUGAUGUGAUAUAGUGAUAUUAAUGUGAUCGUAGCGGACGGCGCGCCCAACGGUGUUACGUUGGCGGAGGCGGAGGCGGCCGGUGGUGUCAUGUCAGCGGAGGCAGAGGCUGGUGUCAUGUCAGCGGAGGCAGAGGCUGGUGUCAUGUCAGCGGAGGCAGAGGCUGGUGUCAUGUCAGCGGAGGCAGAGGCUGGUGUCAUGUCAGCGGAGGCAGAGGCUGGUGUCAUGUCAGCGGAGGCAGAGGCUGGUGUCAUGUCAGCGGAGGCAGAGGCUGGUGUCGGGCUGCGGCACCCGGUGUUGUCUUGGGGCACGGCUGACGGCCUGCGCCCGCUGCUCUCACGAGAGCGCACCCGAAGCACCGCCGCCGCUCGGUCACGCUUCUACGCGAAGGGCUGCCAGGUGGACUGCCAGCCGCUAGUUCCUCCGCACGUGCGUGGGGCUCCCAGGAUGCAGACCCGAUGUUUUAUUGGCGCGACCCUGGCGUCCAGUCUCUAGCGCAUAAUCGACCUUGGCGUUAUGCUGAGAGAGCACGGUAUAGCUUUGUGCGUCACUGCCAAGGGCGUCGUCGGGGGCAGGAAGUCUGAGGUCUUGGCAGUUGAAGAGAUACGCAAAUUUGUGGGUAUGCUGUAAGGCCUGCGAAAAGCUGCCUGGCGUGCCUGUUCUGUGUACCACUGCGUGGGGUUAAACGUGGCCACGCCUUCGGUCAAAGCAGUAGUGCAUGUUGAUGCCAUACGGUUAGAGGUCGAGACUGCCCUUAAACCGUUUAUUUAACUAAUUGUAACCACCUGCGUGACCUCCUGGACUAACGGUUGUGCGCUGUGGGCCUGGACCAAAUACACGAAUGGCUGGCUAUCUGA